UGGAGGAAACGAUCACAGAAUAGACAAGGCUUGGUCGAGACACCGUGUUCCCAACAUUUCUUGAGUACAGGUCGCCAGGCUGCAGAGCGGGCAGCAAGCUUUAGUGGAGCACAGUCGGUCUCACAGCUUAGAGAGGUGUUUGUUUCCCCUGAUGGAUCCUGGAUACUUUGAAGACUGGUUGACUGACAGCACAAAGUCCAAGCUUGACCUUCUCCUCAGGAGAAUGCAUUUAUGAAUAUUACACAAUGGACAAAUGACAAGUAGAGUCAAACUGAGAACAGCUGGGACCUUUUGUCUUUUCUUUUGCUGUGAAUGAAUGGGUAUUUCUACACCAACUCAUCAUCCUGCCAGCAUCAGUCCACGCCUGAGUGAGGUCUCCUUUAGUUUCCAUGUCAAGUAUUUGACCAAUAGAGACAUGUCCAAUGACAGCUGCAACCUCCCCCUGGACACGGACACAUUUGGCCUGACCUGCAUCUAUGGCCUGAUCUUCUCUUUGGGUCUUCCCAGCAACCUGCUGUCUCUCUGGGGACUAUAUCAGCUGGGUCGCUCAGGUGGGGGAGGCUGCCAGCUGGUCUACAUCCUCAACCUGCUGCUGUCAGACCUCCUCCAGCUGCUCACACUGCCACUUUGGAUCCUUUACCUCCAAGGUGCGCACCGCUGGCCCUACAGCCAGCUGACCUGUGAGCUGGUCGGCUACGUGUUUUACGUAAACGUCUACGCCAGCGUCAUGUUCCUGUGCCUGAUAGCGAUGGACCGCUGCCUGGCCAUCGUAUACCCGCUGAGCAGCCGCAGGGUGCGGACCGUCAGGGUGGCAGCAAUAUCAGGAGUGGCAGUCUGGACCCUCACCUUCCUGUUCUGCCUAAGUGGGCUGCUGCCGUCAGUGUUUGACUCUGACAGGCUGCUGUGUCUGGAGCAGUACCCCGUCAGUCCCAGAUACGCCCACUUCAAGAUCACCACGGUGGCCCUCGGUUUUCUGCUGCCAUGUGCCAUACUAGGCUACACCUCAGCCCACAUCGGUGUGACACUCAGACGAUCUCCUUCCCUCUCUGAUCAUGAGCGCCACAAAAUUGUGGGCAUCCUGGUCGUCAUCACCGUCAAUUUCAUAGUUGUCUUUGGGCCCUACCACCUUGUGGGUGGGUACAGGUUUGUGUCCUUGCUGCUGACUGAUGAGCCCUGUGAAUUGGAGCAUUCCAUUUUCCUCGUUUAUCGCCUGUGCUACGGUCUGACCAGCCUCAACACCCUGCUGGAUCCCCUCUUCUACAUCUUCCUGUGCCCUGAUGCUCGGCUAGAGCUGCAAAGGUCCCUGCCGUGUUUGGGAAGAGGGCAAAACCCCCGCAAAAAGAUGACCCUCACCAUCAGAGCUCACCGGGACACCCGGGGGGAGGGUGAAACUGGACACAAUAAUCUUCUAGCAGUAUAACUUGGACAUGACUCCAGUUCUUUUUUUUUUUUUUUUUUUGGUCAAAGCAAUUGCACCACCCAGUGGAAAUGCUCGUGUUGUUUGUGUGAGUUGGGGCUCUCAGUGAAUACACUGACUUGCCUCUGAGUGUUUCCACUUCAUUUAAGAAUAUUUUACUAGUACAGUUUUUAGCUGUAGUUUAUCAUCAGCAUCAAAGUAAUGACUCAGAGGCUGAUGAAAACAGAAAUGUGCAACUACAAAUACUGAGAUUCACAGUUUCAUAUCUGUCAAAACUGAAAUCUGUUUUGAUGACAAAAAGAUGACAAAAAAAAACUCACUGUGCUUUCACAGUAGAGACAUUAGAGACAAGGAUCUGAAAUACAUCAUACAAUUUGAUUACCGGUAGAUAUGUUUUUAAAGAGACUGACCUGUGUAUCCGCAAGAAAAAAAAAACAUUAUGGAAAUUUCACAAUCAAACUGUUUUUUGCCGUUAUGUUUACAACACAAUACAAAAUUCAUGUUUAAUCACCUGUCCAUUGUCCCUUUCAGACUUCAGCUGGUGCCACCACAAAAAUGCAUACGUGACUGUGGUUCUAUAAUUAGAACCACACUUCAUAUAAAAAGGGAAGUACCAUACUACAACACCAGAGUAGGUUUUUUUUUUUUGUUUAUUCAUGUUUAGAAAUGCUACUUCAUAGCACUGAAAAGUACAUGAAGCAGAUGUACAACACAAAACAUUUAGCUGUUGCUAAAUGCAAUUUCCCCACUGAGGGACUAAUAAAGGAUUUCUUAUUCUUAUUCUUAUUCUUAUUCUUAUCUAUUAAGCAGGUUCAGAAAAAAUGAGAGUGAGCUGUAUUUCAAAGUAUCAGCUCAUACAGCUAUUAAUAACACCUUGAGAGAUGUUAUCAGUAGCUGAACAUCAAAUGCUGUUCAUGUUUUGUUUUGUUGAAGCAGUUGUCUUCAUUUGAAAAGAAUAAAAGCUGCAAUAUCAGUACAAGUGUGAGUAUUCAGUGCAUGACUAUGGUAAAUCCUCUAAUGCUCUUGGAAGUUUUUGCUAAAGUUGGCUAAUUAGCCAGAUUAAAGUGCCAUAAAUUCUAAAAUAAAAGCUACUUUGCAUAUAAUGAUCGCAAUAGCUGUGGGUGUGUCCAGUACAAAUAAUCCAUAAAGAAGGCUGGGUAAAACAUCAAAAGAUGAUACACAUAGCACAAUUUAGCACAAUGUACAUGUUGACACAACUCAAUGCAUCAUUACCACAAUGAUCUGCUGACUCCACUCCUGUCGAAAGCUGUUAGGUCAGCAUCAAUGAAACUACCAUUUCAAAUGAAAAGCCAUUCACAGUUUGCGGAACAGAAGGGAUUAUGCCAGAUGAGCUGUGUAGCAUCUGUGUCGAGUUGAGUUUUACUGACAGUUGCUUAACGUUGACUCAAAAAGAUGGCGACAUGAGGCCUGUCUCUUGUACAGGCUGGUUCUCAGUGCAGUUGAAGUAAAUAAAAGCCUU